CUUGGCAAUUUGCCAACUCGAGCCACCGCCGUCUGUUGCCACUUCAUCAACCUCGACCAUCACUCUAAUGGCUUUCUUCAAGCUUAAAAAGACCGAGGCCGAGAAGGCCCAGCAGCGCAAUCUAAAGGAGCUCGAUCGCUUGGCCAAGGCUCAGCGCAAGAACGCGGCAAAGGAGCAUAAGGCGGCCAAGCGCCAAGAGCAGAAGGCCCAGAAAGAGGCCAAGCAGGCGCACCAAGCGGUCCAGAAGAGUCACCGCCAGGCUGUCAAGCAGGCCAAGAAGGCAACCAAGUCGCGCAUCCGCAUGGCCCGCAAGGCCGAAAAGGACCGUAUGCGCCUUCGCCGCCGUCAAGUUCAACGCGCGCGGCAAGAAGUUGUUGCAAUUGCCGCGGGUGGCGUGCUGGCCCCGCCGUUUUCCAAAAGUGCAGGAUGCUACGUGUGCGGCAAGAAAUUCGGCCAGGCGUUGCAUAGACGUCGCCAUCACUGCCGCCAAUGCCGAGAGAGUUGUUGUCUGCAGUGCACGAGCAACACGCGCCGGCCAGUGCCGCUCUACGGUCUGAAGAAGCCGCAGAAGGUCUGCGUCGUCUGUAAUGCGCUGGUGCUCAAUAACGAGAGCACCGCUACUAGUUCCCAGCCACGUGAGCCAGCCGAGGCCGUUGCCGCAUUGGCAGCUAGUGGUCGUGCCGCGCGUCGCCCGCAUUCGGCGCCACUGCCACCGACGACGGGUGUGACCGUCGCCACGCGCGGCCGACAGCGAGGCCGCACGCGCUCGACGAAGAGCAAGGGUGGAUCCAUAUGGACGCUUCCGAUCCGACCCCUCCUCAAGAAGAAGAAGAGCGCGGAACAAUUGCGAAACCGUAAGCUGGAUAUGGACUUGCAGAUGGAGAAACGGGCGUUGUUCGGCUCGCGUGGCGUUGAGCUGCAGCCUCAAGCGAUUGCUCCGCCGGCGCCGUAAGCGCGAAGAUUAAAAUCAGGGGAAAGCGGUGCGUGUGUCGUGUGUUGAUGCUGCAGCUGCAGAUGCAUGGGCCAAGUUUGCUGGACGAGCGCGAACGUUGUAUUAUCCAUAGUAAAUUUGGAAUCCAUUUCAACGUUUUUUUGCUUGUUCA